AUGUCAACAAAGUCACCUCAACCGUCACCGACGGCUACCCAGGAAUACGAGAAGGAAUUUGAGCAGAUUGACUUGGGACCUGUUCAUCCAAAUGUCACGAUUAAGCCAAUAUCAGAUGAGGUCUCACGACAUGGCGUACAGAACGGCACAGGACGCCGCAUUGUCACCAAGGAGGAGGCGGAAGGAUACACGGCGUACGCCUACACAACAAGGUUGAAAUGGGGCAUUCUCACUGUCCUCUGGAUGGCUCAAAUAGCCAUGAAUAUGAACGGUUCGCUUUACGCCAACGCUCAGGUUAGCAUGGCCAAUUUCUUCGACGUUUCUAUCCAGACCACGACGUACGGAAACAUGAUAUUCCUAAUGUCUUACGCCUUCGGCUGCGAGCUCUGGGCACCCUGGUCAGAGGAGCUGGGCCGCAAAUGGCUGAUGCAGGCAUCGAUGGCUCUCGUCAUUCUAUUCACUGCCGUGGUACCAUUCUCACAUAACUUUACCACCGUCAUGGCCUUACGCUUCCUCACGGGUCUUGCCACAGCCGGAGGGUCCUUGACGCUUGGAGUCGCUGCAGAUAUGUAUAAACCACAUCAACAACAGCAUGCUGUGGCCUUCGUCGCGUGGGGCAGCAUGUUGGGCUCGGCUUUGCCGCCGAUCGCCGGUGGCUUUAUGGAACAGCACAUCGGUACUGUCGGUUGGAAGUGGUGUUUCUGGCUGAUCGCCUUGUUUGGCGCGCUUGUCCAGCUUUUGCACCUUUUCAUUGUGCCAGAAACGACUUACAAGACAGCUCUCAACAAAUACGCGAAGAAGCGUCGUGAAAGCGCCGAAAGAGAGGGCAAUGAGUCUUCAGACUUGCACCUGUACGGGCCAACUGAGGGAAUCUCUAUCCGUGACCGCUUUGUGUUCCAGGAGUUUGGUCAAACAGUGUGCCGGCCUUUCAAAUUCCUUUUCACCGAGCCAAUUGUCUACUGUCUCUCUGCACUGUCGGCUUGUGGCGAUGCAAUUGUCUUCCUGUUCAUCGAGGUCUUCGGACAUAUCUAUGGCGAGAAAUUCGGUUUUGACAAAGCAUGUACAGGCCUCAUGUUCAUUCCCCUGGCUCUGGGCUAUACGAUCGGCUAUUUCAUUCAGCUUUAUUUCAAUCGGCUAGGGAGAAUGAAGCGCGCCGCCAACCAGAACUGCCAGGACGCUCAGUACGAAGGCCGCAUGAGUGUGCUUGUCUUUACCGCUGGGUGCCUCCCGCUUGGCCUUCUCAUCUUCGCGGCGACAGCAAAUCCGUCUUAUGGGCAUCUUGCGUGGGUCGGCACAGCUUUCGGGGUCCUGUUUAUUGGCAUCGCUAACUAUACCAUUUACGCCUCCACGAUCGACUAUAUGGUCGCAGCAUACGGCUUCUAUGCUGCAUCUGCGACCGGUGGAAACGGUUUCGCGAGGGACUUCUUGGCUGGUGCUCUCACACCAGCGGGUGGGCCUUGGGUCAAGAAGAUGGGACCGCAGAAAAUGUGCGGUAUUCUUGCCGGCAUCAGCGCGCUGUUCUGCGCUAUCUGCAUCGCUGUGCGGAUCUACGGUGCCUGGCUGCGUCGCCGUUCCAAAUAUACUGUGCAAGAGGUCGAUACAGUUGUGCAGAUGGACUAA